AUGGCACAGGCGGCGGGGGGUCCAACGCAGCUCCUCUCCAGCUCCAACCCAGCACACUCAGGAUUCUCGCGGCCACUCUGCCUCACCAGCCCUUCUCUCGGCUCCACCUCAGCUAACUCAGCACCUCCCCAGCACUGCUCCAGUAACCCCGCACCGCAUCAGGAGGUUAAGCAAGGAGCGGCGGCGGCGGUGGAUACCAGCACGCAGCACUGUCCUCGCCCCCAAGCCCCACACCAGUCACUCAGCACAUCGCUUCCAGCUCACUCUCAGCAUCCUCCUCCAGAAUCACUCGCAAGACUUCCUCGCAGCACUCUCCAGCUCACUGACCACAUUAGGAGGCUCGGCACAGGGGGUGGCGGUGGUGGUGGAUAUCAACCACCAGCUCCUCCUCCACCAAGCCCGCCAGCACCACCUGCACCGCCUUCGCCACCUGCAGGAGGAGGAUAUGCAGUCGCUCCACACCACAACCGCCCGGUGGUUACUCAGCACCGAUGCAAUACAGACGGCGUUACCACAAGAGGGCCAAGUUUGUGCGAAGAUCGAUGA